AAUGCGAGCGGACGUGACGUAGUCCCGCGCACGCGGUCCAGCGUGGUUCGGGCGGGUUGUUUCAGCCGGGCUUGGGAAGUUACGAGAGCUUUUACCCCACAUAGGCCGGACCCAACGCUCCGGUCCACGUCCCGUCGGCAAGAUGGUGAAGCCCAAGUACAAAGGACGGAGCACCAUCAACCCCUCUAAAGCCAGCACAAAUCCUGAUCGAGUUCAGGGAGCAGGAGGCCAAAACAUGAGGGACCGGGCCACAAUCCGACGCCUGAAUAUGUACAGGCAGAAGGAGUGCAGGAACAGCCGUGGUAAAGUGAUUAAGCCUCUGCAGUAUCAGUCAACCGUGGCUUCUGGCACAGUGGCAAGAGUGGAGCCGAACAUUAAGUGGUUUGGAAAUACACGUGUGAUUAAGCAGUCAUCGCUACAAAAAUUUCAAGAGGAAAUGGACACAGUCUUGAAGGAUCCAUACAAAGUUGUCAUGAAGCAAAGCAAGUUACCCAUGUCUCUUCUCCGUGAUCGAAUCCGGCCUCAUAACUCAAAGGUGCACAUCCUUGAUACUGAAAGCUUUGAAACUACAUUUGGCCCUAAAGCACAGAGGAAGCGACCAAAUUUAUUUGCAAGUGAUAUGCAGUCACUUAUAGAAAAUGCAGAAAUAUCCACUGAGAGCUAUGACCAGGGGAAGGAUCGUGACUUGGUAGCUGAAGACACUGGUGUGAGAAAUGAAGCCCAAGAAGAGAUAUAUAAAAAGGGACAGUCUAAAAGAAUAUGGGGUGAACUCUACAAGGUGAUAGAUUCAUCAGAUGUUGUAGUUCAAGUUCUUGAUGCUAGAGAUCCAAUGGGUACCCGUUCCCCUCACAUUGAGACUUACUUGAAAAAGGAGAAACCCUGGAAACACCUCAUUUUUGUUCUUAACAAAUGUGACCUUGUUCCAACCUGGGCAACGAAACGAUGGGUUGCCAUCCUCUCCCAAGAUUACCCGACACUUGCUUUCCACGCAAGUCUUACUAACCCCUUUGGCAAAGGAGCAUUCAUUCAGCUUCUGCGGCAGUUUGGAAAGUUGCACACUGACAAAAAACAGAUCAGCGUGGGGUUCAUUGGCUAUCCGAAUGUUGGCAAGAGCUCUGUCAUAAACACACUGCGCUCCAAGAAAGUUUGCAAUGUGGCCCCCAUUGCAGGUGAAACAAAGGUCUGGCAGUAUAUUACUUUGAUGCGCCGGAUAUUCCUUAUCGACUGUCCCGGUGUGGUUUACCCCUCUGAAGACUCAGAGACGGACAUUGUGCUGAAAGGAGUCGUUCAAGUUGAAAAAAUUAAGACUCCUGAAGACCACAUUGGUGCUGUACUUGAACGAGCAAAGCCAGAAUACAUCAGCAAGACAUACAAAAUGGAUUCUUGGGAGAACGCUGAGGACUUUCUUGAGAAGCUAGCUUUCCGGACAGGGAAGUUAUUGAAGGGUGGAGAGCCUGACCUGCAGACUGUGGGGAAGAUGGUCCUCAAUGACUGGCAGAGGGGCCGGAUUCCUUUCUUUGUCAAGCCGCCCAACGCAGAGCCCCCUGUAGCCCCCCAGCUUCCAUCCUCCUCAUCUUUGGAAGUUGCCACAGAAACCACCCAGAACAACCCAGAAGAGGAAGUCACAGAAACUGUAGGUGCGGAGUCGGAAUCCAUCGUUGAGAAGGAAAAAGAGGAGCCCAGUCACAGUGGCGCCGAUUCAGAAAUGCAGCAGAUUCUGGCGCGGGUCCGGCAGAACUUUGGCAGAAUCAACGUCGUGCCUCAGUUUUCUGGGGAUGACCUCGUUCCUCUGGAGAUGUCUGAUAUUGAUGAAGACCUGGAGAGCCUUUCCGCGGAGAGGCAGGAGGAGGAGGAAGAACAGGAACACCAGGGAGACGAAGAGGAAGAGUCUUAUGCAGAGUCCCAGGAAGAACACGCGGGAAACAACACCAAGGCCGUUAUUCAAGCCCUGGAUGAAAAGAUUGCUAAGUACCAGAGGUUUUUAAACAAAGCCAAAGCUAAGAAGUUUUCAGCAGUCAGAAUAUCCAAGGGACUGAGUAAAGUGGUUUUUGCAAAAUCCGAAGAACAGAGAAGAACAGCUGAAGAAGAUGUAGAAGAUACAGCACCUACCAAAAAGGGAAAGAAGAGGAAGGCACAGAGGGAAGAGGAGCAGUCAAACAAAACUCGCAGGACGCCUACAUCUAAGGAACGGAGGCGAGAAACACGGCAGCAACGAUCCAGAAAAGUCGGUGUACGCUACUAUGAAACACACAACGUGAAAAAUAGGAACAGGAACAAAAAGAAGAUCAGUGACUCAGAGGGGCAGAAACACAGACACAAGAGAUUGAAACAUAAGCAGUAACGUUUUAAAAGUUGUUUAUUAAAUUCGACAAAAAUACGCAGUUAGAAUCUCUUCAUUUUCUUCAUGCCCAGUUGGCAUUUCGAAGGCCGUGGAUGCAUCUGUUCUGAGAUUUGACAGUUGAAACCAUGCACCAGUGCUAGUGAAAAUAAAGA